CUGACUCUGCUUUGGGAUCAGGGACCACUUUGCCCAAGCCCUGGAGAUGGAGCAGGGGGCCACCGGGCCGCUGGAGGUCAGCCCUGAGGCCCUUGCCUCGGAGGAGCAGCAGCUGCCGGACGGAGACCUCAGGCCGGCUUCUCUGAAGGUGGGGGCCACUCCCUGGAACCACAUCCUCACCUUGUACAAGCAGUUUCAGAAACUGGCCAUGGCCAAGCUGCCUCUCGAGGAAGACUUAACCGACGAGGAGGAAGGGGAGGAAGAGGAAAUGGAGGAAGAGGACAGCUCAUUCAAGCUCUGCGUCCCAGUCCCCCUCCAGUCGCCACUGCAUAAGGCAUUUAGGCCAAUCGACACAGUGGGUUUCGUGGAGUCAGAGUUAAAGAAGUUUCUGGAAGCACAGCAGGAGUCCCGCCUCCGCCUCCGGAAGAUGCGCAGCCUUGAGGGCCUGGAGCCACUGGUCCCGUCAGAGAUCACCCUGGAGAGCAUUCUGGGUGCCCAGGGCCUGCUGCUCCAGGAGAUGGAUGCCCUGGGAAACUGGCCUCCACACUGGCCUCCGAGGGAGUGAGGGGUGCCGGCGAGUCUGCCCCACCGGCCCGGACGGACCUGCACAGGGAGGCAGCCCCUCUCCUUCGGAAACAGCCCAGGAGCUCCGGGCCGGGUCCUGGGAUGAACGGUGCCCAUGCGUCUGCAGGGCGGCUGCCAGCAGGCUGUCCCACAGUCGGACGUGGGCUGGGAGGUUAUGAAUAAAGCCCAGUCUGACUCCG